CUUCAGACUGGAUAGUGAGAAUUAAAAGUACACUGACACAAGACUCAAACUGAAAACCAUGAAGGUUCUUGUGGUACUUGCACUAGCUGUGUUUACAGGUUGUCAAGCCAACCUAUUUCAUGCUGAUGAGCCCAAGCCACAGCUGGAGCAGCUGACUGAUGCAUUCUGGAACUAUGUUGCCAAGGCAACACACACUGCAGAGGAAACAGUCCAGAUGAUCAGGACCUCCCAACUGGGCCAGGAAGUCAAUGCUCGACUAACACAGAGUGCUGACAUGGCCAGCGAAUAUGCCGUCACACUCAAAAACCAGAUGAACCCUCUGGCUGAAGAGCUGAUGGCCAAAAUCACUAAGGAAGCUGAAGUGUUGAGGGAGCGUUUGGAGAAGGACCUGACCACAGUGAAAGACCAAAUGGAGCCCUAUGCUGAGAAUCUCAAGAGCCAAAUUCAGCAGAGAGUGGAGGACCUCAGAGCAGCCAUGGCUCCAUAUGCAGAGUCCCUGGAUUCUGAGACCCUGAAGGCCACUCUGCUCCAGAGAAGUGAGGAGUUGAAAGGGAGCCUGGAGCAGAGCGUGAAGGAGCUGCAGGCUCAACUGGAGCCCUACACUGCUGAAAUCAAAGAGAAGGUGGACCAGCACCUGCAGGAGUUCCAGAAGACUGUGACCCCACUGACUGAGGAUCUCCAGGCAAAGAUUGUAGAGAGAGCCCAGUUUGUCCAGCAGAGUCUCUCACCCUAUGCUGAAGACCUGAAGGAAAAGCUGGACCCCUAUGCCCAGAACCUGAAGGACCAGCUCACCUCCCUCUAUGAGUCUUUCAUCAAGACCAACUAAUGCUUCAAAGACUUAUUCUUUUGUCACUAAUAUAACUAUUGUGUCAUGACUGAGAAUUAUGACUUUCAAAUCUGGCAUAUCCAUCUAAUCCUCCAUAUAUCUGUACAAUAUUUUUUAUGUAUUAUCCAUUCUUAUACACAAUUUGAAAAAAGUAAUAAUAUGAUUUUCUGUAUAAUGGUGCAUGUAAAGUUAGUCAAACUGUAUUAGUUUUUAGAAAAAUGUGUUUGAUGUUUCUUUCAUGUUUACCAAUGCCACAUUUGUUCUUGUUUAUGUAUCAAUAAAGCAAUUAUUUAUUAACAGAAGUUAGUUUCAGUUGAAAGAUAGAACACUAACAGAACAGAUGGAUUCAGUCAUCACAAACAGAAAUUUUUUCUCAUUAGAAUUGUGACAUGAAAAUCUGACAUAUUUGAUCCAUCUAUUCCCUUUUUUUUAUCCAUCCAUCCAUCUGUCCAGUUCCUCUUACAUAAGCUACUGGCCACAAUUCACAUUUGUACCUCCAAAAUAAGGUCUUCCUUUGAUGCUUGAAACAAGAAUGUAUUAUCUUGUUGAGUUUACAGGACAAAAGACCUUAUUACGCAAAAUGUGUGAUUGCCUUAAAAUGUAUGCAUUGUCUCUUUUCCUAUACAGCACAUUUUUCCAACAAAUUUUCACUGCUUUUCUGUGUAAACGU